UCUCUCUAGGAGAACAGCGUGCCGUCUCUAUGGUGCCGGGUCAUCCGAGCCAGGCUCCGUAGUUGGUGAAAGCAGUGGCGGAGGCGGAGGGAGGAGAAAUGGGCGGGAGGCCCGGGAAUAGCUGGAGGCCCAGCGGCCAAGGGGUUGUCAUGGAGCCGUGAGGCCGGGCUCGCGCAUGCGCCAGCGGACCUGCGGGGCUGGUGGAGAAGCCCGCGACCCUGGCCCUAGGGCAACCAGAUGAAAAGACUAUCAGUGAACGUGCUUCCAGUCCAGUAAAACAUGGAGAGGAAAAUCCCGUCCAGAGAGAGCCCCAGAAGACUCUCAGCCAAGUUAGCCAGGGGCACAGAAAUGAAAAAAGUGUCUCGGCAGGUCGGCACGGUAGCUGCCGAGUCAGAUAAGGAUUCUGGAUUUUCAGAUGGGAGCUCAGAAUGUCUGAGCUCUGCAGAGCAGAUGGAGUCGGAGGACAUGCUGAGCGCCUUGGGCUGGGGCAGAGAAGACAGGAUGAGGCAGAGCUCCAGUGCUGCAAACAGCGCCUUCCCUACGCUGUCACCCAUGGUUGUCAUGAAGAAUGUGCUGGUCAAGCAGGGCAGCAGCUCUUCCCAGCUCCAGUCUUGGACUGUCCAACCCUCCUUCGAAGUGAUCUCGGCACAGCCACAGGUCUUCGUCCUUCAUCCACCUGUGCCAUCGCCUGUCAGCCCCCGUCACGCAAACGAGAGAAAGGCAGACUCCAGAAACUAUCUACCCAUUCUGAAUUCUUACGCCAAAAUAGCCCCCCACCCAGGCAAAAGGAGCCUUUCCCUCAACUCAGAAGAAAGAGGAGCAAGUGGAAUGCUGAAGAAAAUCUGUACUGAGAGACCAGGGUCCAGCUUGCCUUCCAGGGAGCCAGGCAAAGCUGGCACUGGACUGUCUAAUCCCUCCACUCCAGCACCCCCCAGCACCAAACUCGCCGAGGACUCAGCUCCGCAAGGUGUGCCCUCCCUGGUGGCAGGUGGCAGUCCACAGACUCUUCAGCCAGUGUCCAGCAGUCAUGUGGCUAAAGCUCCCAGUCUGACCUUUGCAUCCCCGGCCAGCCCCAUCUGUGCUGCUGACAGUACUCUGCAUGGCUUAGAGAGCAGCUCUCCCCUCUCCCCACUGUCAGCCAAUUACAGCUCACCCUUGUGGGCUGCCGAGCACCUCUGCCGCAGCCCAGAGGUCUUCCCGGAGCAGCAGCAGAACAAACACAGGCGCUUUCACAACACCCUUGUAGUCCUGCACAAGUCUGGCCUCCUGGAGAUCACUUUGAAAACGAAAGAAUUGAUUCGUCAGAAUCAGGCAACUCAGGUGGAGCUAGACCAGCUGAAGGAACAAACCCAGCUUUUUCUAGAGGCCACCAAGAGCAGGGCUCCUCAGGCCUGGGCUAAGCUGCAGGCAUCUCUAACAUCUGGAUCCAGUCAUCUAGGCAGUGACCUAGAUGCAUUCUCCGAUCACCCCGACAUAUAGCACAGGGGCUUAUGUUCCUGUUAUCUGAGUGGUUCUUUUCAUUCUUGCUGUUACUCACACAUGUUUCCCAAGUCGUACAUUAGAGCAUUUCCUUCUAAACUCACUCAUGAAACUACAUGCCAGCCCCUGGCUGAUGUCUUAACCUGUAGUCCAUGCGUGGGCCAUGCAUGUCUUUGUUCCACUGAGGAUGUCUGGUUCCCAGUGUCCUUGAGUCUUUUCCUUAGCCGGCAGACACUUAGCUGCAUCAUAGGGCAAAGGAGGAGAGAUGACUGGGGGGGGGGGGGGGGCAUUUCUGGCUGGUACCUCCCACCAUCCCACUCACUAACUGGAUCAAGGGUACAGUAAGUAAAAUGGAUGAGCAUGCUGGGCAGUGAUGCAAGGUCCCUUCAGGGAUCCUCCCUUGUAUUGUCUCAGUCAUAGACAAAAACAAGAGGAGGUGUGUUUGCAUUCCACAGGACAUUGCACCAGUUGGGCGAAGCCUAAAUUGCUCUGGGCACAGGUACAAGCACUUAAUUACAUUUAACUUGGUUUUCUUCAACUUGAAGGUGGAGGAUAGGAAGAGUAGUACCAUCUGCCUCUUGCACUUGAAUCACAUACAGAUUUCACUUUAGGGAGUAGGCAAAAGGCUUCAGACUUACAGUAUGAGAUUGAUUCAGUGCCAUCUGGAAAUAUAGUGGAUGAACUGAUCUUUGACUGAGAGACUGAAGAUAGUAGCCAUGACCAGCAUUUUCCUGUCAGCAGCUGGGAGAUUCUUGAGCUGUUUUAUGUCUGAAAAACUCAAGGAUAGCCUUAGUGGCUCCUGAGGGUCUGGUGUAGGUUACCUCUCUGCUGCCACCUUUUUGGCUUGCCCCCUUUUGUUUUCAGAAGAAAGAAAUGGUUAUGCUUGUAAACUUUGAAUUGUACAAAAUCACCCUCAGGUUAUAUAAGAUCAUCAAAAUCGGAAAGCCUUCUUCUCACCCAUUUCCUUUUUGUAUCCUGUUUCUGUCUGUCCAAUGUCAUGGUGAUGGGAGAAAGUUGUGGGAUCAUCUUGUGUCUCUUUCAUGUGUUAGUGUUUUAUUGGUUUCAUGCCCAAGGGUAUCAUGUCGGUUCUCUGAUGCUUGUCUCAAGAUGGAGAAUGAGGAGAAUUUCCAGAUGAUACACACUCUUUUCUGCGUUAUCUUAUCAGCCAUGAGAUGCCUAAGUAGUAACCUCAAAUAUUUUAUACCUUCUUUUAACAUUUUCAUCCCCUGGAGAACUUUGUUCAUUAUAAAUUCCUUCGAUAAAUUUUCAUGGCAGUCUGUAAGGAAAGUGCACUUGAGGUUUUGUGAAGUCAGAAGUUAAUGAUCCUAUUUACUAGGUAACUGCAGCUCUAGAACAUCAUUUGGAAUGCUGAGAUUUCCCAUACUGUGCUCACAGACACAUGAUGUAGAUAUGAUGAGUUUAGAAAAUAAAUAACUGGGUAAACCUCUAGACCCUUGUGACUAGCAGAAUCAUCACCCUACCAUUCGUUUGCUUCCGGAAAGACUUUCCAAAAUCAGAGCAAGUAUGUCUCUAACCAGACUUUUCUCUUGGCCCAUUCUCUUUGCGUCCUCUGAGUCUGCAUGGUACUGUAGCAGCUCUAGUCUGCCCCAUGCUAGGAAGCUUCCUGUUUGGCAGAAUGAGUUUGGCAGCAAAGCUAUAGAGACAGGUGCAUUCACAACAGCCUGGGCACCAGUCAUGAGUCUUACUGAGUGUCAGAAAUGUGAAAGCACUUGCCGAGAACCAAAUGUAUGCCUUUGGAAAAACCCUACGUGGAGCUCUGAGCCUUUGGACUCUUUCUCCUAUGCUGGGCUUUGCAUUUCCCUUCCUAUCACUAAAAAAGAUGAAAGCCACCAUUGAUGCUCACUGCUGAGUGGCAGGGAGGGGUAGCAGUACCCCCACUCCUCUCUCAUCUCAUACCUAAAGUUAGAGUCUCGGCUGUUAGCAUGAAUGUGUUCUUUCCUUAGCGGAGCUAGGCACAAAUGAGCCCAGGUAGAGAAGCUAGGUCUUGGGAGAAGAGAUCCAUUGAGUCCAGAGGCCAGAUCUGCAAAUGGAGGAAUACCGGGGUCCACCAGGAAGAUCUCCAUUGGUUGCACAACACUGUAAGUAGUAAUGGCCCUAGCGGGUCCUGAUAAUAUUUGGCAUGAAGUACUGUGGCAAAGCUACUGUUUUCUGAAAGUGGGACACCAGUGUUAGCUGAGACCAUCCCUGAAGAGACUCUUUGGCAGAUUUUAUUGGCAUUACUGAAACAUGUGUAAAAAGUUUGUGAUUGAAUUGGUUAUGAGAAUGGAGUUUGAUGCUGUUUGUAAUUUAUUAUACUCAUUGCUUUUUAUUGAUUAUAGUAUUGUCUGACUUUUCUUCUCUACUAUGAUUCCUUUGACAAACAAAUAACUCAUGCAUAUAUUGAAGUGAUUUUCCAGCUCUGAGUUAUUUAGGGGUAGAAAUUUAUUUAACAAAUGUGAAUUCUCUUGAGAAAGUAUGAAGUUAUAUAGAAAUUGACUGUGAAAUAUCAGAGAAAAAUAAAAGUCACUUACUUGAAAA